CAGAGUGGAAACGAAAACCUUUCCAACUCAACUGUGAAUUGGAUUGUCGAAAGUGAUGGUGCUGGUGUUACAGAUAUAUCAGUAACAGUGUGGCGGUGAUGUUGGUAUAAUCGUUUGUGAAAGAGAGAAGAAAAAAGGAAAUGGUGAUGGCUAGAAUUAGAAAUUGGUGGAGCCAUUCCAAAACAGUGCUUCUCAUCUGGGCUAUUUGCCUCUUCUUUUCUUACUCUCUCCUCCAACUGGCGUUCUACAGUUCCUCUACUUCUUCUUCUUCAGAUGUUGAAUUUAGGGUUUACCCCAACUGGGUUUUGAUGGGUUGAUCGUAUACUGAACUGGAGCUGUAAUUUCAAGGAGACGCAUCGAUGGAGGCUCACUAACAGAGAAUUCUUGGAUGGGCAGAUUCUUUAACUUCAAAUAUGGAGCAAAGAUCAAGGCUUUAUGAUAAAAUGGGAAAGGAUUUGGAUGAGCAUGGAGCCAGUUUUUUGAACAAUGGCGAAACAUCUCAAUCUUUGUCACUUUCUGAGCUCUUCACUCUGAAGGAUGGAUCUGUAACACCUGUACUUAAGGCAGCAAAUCCUCCUGUACGAGCUAAUGUUUUGUAUCUGAGUCCAGAAUACUCUGUGCCAAUCUCGGAAGCUGUGAAACAGAUAUUUAACCCAUAUUUUGAUAAAGCAAUCUGGUUUCAGAACUCCACGUUGUACCAUUUCAGUAUGUUUCAUGCCUCACAUCAUAUAGUUCCUGUUCCUGCCACUGAAGAAGAGAUUGAAGCUGAAGCUGCAGCUGUUAGAGGUGUUGCAGAGGGUCUAUGCCCUUUAAAUAUAUUCUUAGACAGAGUGGUUUUAACUUCAACAGGCGUACUCUUGGGUUGCUGGCAGGUGAUCUCGGGAACUGAUCCUGUAAAAAUCCGGGCUAAACUGAGAUCUGCACUACCACGUGCACCGGAGAAGCAACUUUAUGAUGCUGCUAUUCUUCAUACAUCAUUUGCAAGGCUUCUGGGUCCUCCUAAAGCUCAACCCACGGAGCCUGAUAAAAUAGCAGAUGGCAUCCAACUUUUCCAUGAGCUAGUUGCUCGCUUAAACAACCAACUUCGGGGAUAUAAGGCAGUGGUCUCGGAGCUCUGGUAUGUAGAGGAAUAUGAUGUGUUGGCCCUUGCAUUGAAUGGAAGAAUGAAUAUCCGCAGGUUUCGACUUGGAUGCUCAAGAACCUGAGGUUUCUAUACACGAAAGAAAUUAUUAGAAGCAUAUAUUGUAUUUAGCAGGAAAAGAAAAAAACUUUGGCACAGCAGUCACCCUUGCUAUAUGAUCUAUAGUGCAAGUGUUAACGGAUCUACCAUAGUCCGCUACAUCAAGCAGAUCACUGUAGAUCCGCUAGUGAGUUCCGGUAUUUUACAGGAAUUGCUGGGAACAAAAUUUUCAACUUUUUUUGAUAUUGACCCUUUAAAAAGGCAGAUAUGGUGAGUUUACAAGAGCCA